UCAUUACCUGCUUGACUUUACGGUCUCUGACAGAUUCAUCAUCAAAUAUUUACGAACGUUUCUUUAGUUUGUAUUAACAUAAACACUUCCAGCCAUUUUAAGAAUUUCAAGUCGAUCAAGAAUUUUUUUUUCUUAAAGAAAGGUGCCGAUUACAAUAUGUGGACUUUAGCUGUAUCAGCUGUGAUCUUAAUUGUCUGCAGUCAAACACAAGCAAUAACAGACCCUUUAUCUCCUGCAUUAAUUGAACCUUUUUCAGUAAAUAUCAAAUGUCCUAAAGAUAAAGAGUUCCAAUGGCUGAGAUCUGCAUCAAAGGGACUGGAUAUCGUGGUCUUCUACAAAUGCGGAGGCGGUGGUGAAAUGUCCCAGACCAUGCAUUGCACCAACAACCGCAAAGCCACAUACAGACGUGAUCUUAUCCCCGACGAGAUGAAGAAAGCAGCUAUCCCCAUGGCCAUGAAGAGAGGGGAGAUCGCCAAACGCGACCAGGAACCAAACUUUGGUUUAUUCGCAGGUGGACCAAAUUACAAUUUAAAGAAUGGCGCUGUGUUGGUUUUCGCCUGUUUGGCUGUUUAAACAUUAUAAUAUGUCUACCUGUAUGUAGGUGCCUUGUCGUAAUCAUAUAGCAGUUCUGUGUUUUUUUUCCCGUGCGCAUUUUUUCGUGUUAUUUCUUGCGUCGCCAGCUGCUUUGUAGAUGGCUCCUAUUAAUCUGUCAUGAAUUAUAAAGCCAUCUUAUUGGUUUAGCGCUGAUAUAGAAAAUGUUAUAGCAGGAUUAUCAGCAUUUUAUUGGCCAGAAAAAGAAAGAACACAAACAAAAAACACACAAAAACAAACAAAACAAAACAAACAGGGGCGGGUAUGUUUGUGGAAAUAUAAGCAAAACAGACUUUGUUGAAUCAGAAUAUUACACAAAUGAACAGGACACUCUAUAGCUAGUGACUUUAAGGUAUAAUUGUCAAUCUUUUUCCUGUUUGUUUUAAUUGCCAUGCAAUACUAUUGCUAUCUAUGUAUAUAUUACAUGCGCGCAUAUAACGUGCACAGGAUGGAUAUGUUACCGGUAUACAUUAUUGUAAAUGUAAAUUGAUAUUAAAGACAAAAAAUAUAAAUUA